AUGAACACCACGAACGGAAUCAAGACUGCUAAGGAUUUCGAAGGAUAUCAAGAAGAGGCGACGCUCAAGGAAUUGGUUGGCAAGAAUGGAGACAUUGAAAAUGUGAUCGAAGAUUCUGAAAACAUUAUUUCGUCGAAUUUUUUGGAUUUCUUUUUGAAUGACGAAGCAGUGGAACCAGCAGACAACGAAUGCACGGAGAAGAAUCUCAUCAACAUGCUCGACGACAUUUGCUCAGAAUCCCCACCAUCGGAUGUCUCGGGAACAAUUUUGAAUCCAGACGUGUUCACGACUGAUAAUAAAAUGUUGCGGGAGAAUGUUGUCGACAAGGAAAACAAGGAUCCUUUCGGAAAUGGAUUGGGUGCACGUUGGUCUUACAAUGUUGCCUCGUUUGGACUUUACCCAGAUCAACAAAAGGAUUCAUCAAUCAGAGCCAUUCGAUCUGGGGAAAAGAAGAGAAUUUUGAAGGCUAAAAAACCAUAUAACAUCCCAGCUCCAGUUCUAGUCAACCCGGAUUUCUCUUCCCAAGAAGUCACACACAUCCUGGAUACCCCAGUCUCCGGAGUGAUCAACACGAAAGAAGUUGUGGGAGACACCAAAACAUGGUUGAAGAAGGCAGGAAUUAAUCAAACAACGUUCGCGGAGAAGGUGCUGGAAAAAACUCAAGGUCACUUUUCGGCGAUUUCGAGGAAUCCGGCACCAUGGGAGGAGCUCUUGGCACCUGGAAGAGCCGUCUUUGUGAGGAUGUACAACUGGAUGAAACUGUCGGAUGAGGAGAAAAACAAGAUUCUGAGUGUAGAGGAGGUAAGUAGGAAAAAGGAUUUGCAGGAAAAAAUGAAGAAGACUCGAUUCACUUUUCCGAAGGAGCAGAUGGAGGUUCUGAUGGGAAUAUACGAGGUCAACGACCGUCCAGGUAAAGAAUUAAUUGAAGAUCUUGCAGAAAAGUUCAGUCUCUCUUCCAAUCAAAUCAAGGACUUCUUCCUAAACAGACGUCGGCGUGCCAAGAAAUAUAACUUGUAA